GCCUAUCGGUAACCGGGUAAAGGUCUAUUAAACACUUUUCAACUCAUAUAUAAUAAAAAAAAUGAAACUAUUGUCAAUUUUAUCGUCUUCUAUAAUUCUUUUGAAUUAUGUCCAUGCCAUAAAGCCAGUUACUUCAGCUCAGUUUUAUCCUUUAAAUAGAAACGGUGAUAUUCCUACAGAUCUUGAGCCUUUCCAAUUGGGCCAGGAUAUACCAUUGGACUGUAUUUCUAGGAACAUUGAUAAUGGGGAACACAAAUUUGAUGAUAAAGACAGAAUUAUUUAUAUUCCAUUUCCAACUUGUCAAGAAACGAACAAACCACUUUCAUUUAAAUAUGGUGUAAGCGAAGAUGUCAAUUGCACCAUUGGAUUUACUGAUGAGUUAUAUCACUUGUUCCAAUUAUAUAUUCACGAAGAUUCUCCAUUUAGUUGUCGUUUACCUUUAAGUAAUGAACCUCACUAUAUUGAAAAAGGUGGGGCUUUUAUUCCAUUAACUUUCAACUUUAGAGGACAAAUCCAAGAUUCACAUCUUGAUAUUGACUCACAUUUGAACGUUCUUUUCACCAAACCUGCUGAGGAAAACACUUUGAUUAGUUCUGUCGCUUGGUCAUCGGGUACCAAUGCUACUAGAAUCGUUAUAGGUGAUUUUCUCACAAUUAAUUUAGCUGUAAGAUGGUUAGAUAACUUGAAAAAUACUGAUUCAAACACUGAUAGCUUUAGGAACGUUAAUGGUUUACCUUUCCCAGAUGGAUUUUACAAACUCCCAUUAAAUUCGAUUCCGAUAUCUUAUUCGAUGUUCCUCUUCUAUUUGGGACUUGUUAGUUUGGCUUCUGGUGCUCUUGUUUUAGCAUUUUCCUACAAUCUUAUUAGUAUCAAAUUUUCGAAAACUCAUUAUAGAAACUUAGAUAAUGAGUCACUUGUUACUAAACGUGAUUAA